AUGCCCAGAGUCUCUCAUGACGCCACCGUGGCGGCCGCACGCACAUUAAAGAACCACUGCCAUCAUGUCAUCAACACCAUGGGCUCUGCUUCGGUUCCCGAGGCCUUUCUUUUUCGGGCCAACGCGUACUAUGCUUUAGGACAACCAUACUUUGCUUUGGCAGAUUACAAUAUCGCAGGGAGUGUUCUCAACCUCUCAGGCCACUACCAGGCCAAGUGUUUGCAGGUGGUGCAGCACUUCCCAGAGGUUCAGGUGGGCACCUACCCAUCCACUGACUCUCAUCUUCAUAUUUUCGUCAAGCCCUUCCUUUCCGAGAAAUGCGAUAUCAAGCACAUCAAUAGUCACGUAGGGCGAGGUAUUGUUGCAAAAGAAUCCUUGCCGCGUCACGGUGUUGUGAUGCGGGCCAGUGACCCAUGGCUAAGGUAUCCUACCCAGGAGAGGUUGUGUUCCUUCUGCGCGAUGCCGCUGCCAGAGCGGUUAUUUGCGUGUGAGAACCCCCAAUGCCACGAGGAGUACUGCAGCCGGGACUGCAGAACCCGGGCGAAAGCCCUCUACCAUAGCCACGUCUGUGAGAACGAGGGCUUCCAGAGCCUGGAGCUGGACCUCUUUAGUCAGAUGCAGCAGGCCCCGUCCCAGGGUGGAACCAUGACCGACCGCAACGCCGCUGCCGCGCAGCUACUCAUGUUGCGCGUGCUCGCGGUUGCGGCGAAGCGGCGCAUCGUGCCGAGUGUGCAGGCUGAAGUUCGAAUUCUCUCAGGGCGUCUCACGUUCAGCCCGCAAAUUCUGUGUGAGUCGAUGCUUCAUGUCUACGAGCGCCUUGUCCGCGCGAUGCAUGUUGCAACGGUGAUUUCGUAUGAGGAGAUGUUGGGAACACUGGCGCGCGUCUCGGCGAAUUGUUUUCACAUGCCGAAUGCAGUUGAAUUGCAUCUGCCGCGAUCAAUGUUCAACCACAGCUGUGAGGCCAACGUUGCCGAGGAUGCGCAGACGGGAGACAUGGUCACACUGCAUGAGGUUACGGCUGGUGAAGAACUCUGCAUAAAUUACUACCCACACUUGAAGGAGCUGCCCUACGACAAACGGGUAGUUGAGCUUCAGAGGCGUGGGUUUGACUGCAAAUGUGCUCGUUGCCAACAAAAGCGGUGA